AUGCUGACUGGGCUGCUGGUGUUGCUGCUGUGGCCAUUGGCGAGGGCUGGGCGGUUCCUCAGCAGCUGGCUCGGCGUGCCAGUGCUGUUCUCGCCAGCCAGCGCCGUGCCACCUCUCCUGACGCCAUGGGGGCGCUGCUGGCGGUGCUUCUUCCUCUUGGGCCUGGCCUUUGCCGCUACGGCCACCACCGCCUCUGCCCUUACCAUCACGAGCCAUCGCUGGCUGGGCGGAGUGGUGGGCGGCCAGGCGGAGCAGGAGCCUGUCCUGGGCUCUCUGCUGCCGCUCGCGGCGGGUAUGGCGCGCGGCGCGCGUGAGCCCGGCCUCGGGGGCUGGCCGAUGCGCGAUGCGCCCUGCCACCGCGAUCGAUCGGGCGGCAGCUCCGCGGGCACCACAGCCCAGCGGCGCCUGAGGGAGGCGUUCGGCGAGUUCCCGAACUCGAACGACGGUGCCGAGCACUCGCGGCUGAACGAACUCGCGCGGCACGCCCCAGUAGCGCCGCAAGACAAGCAGGCCAGCACGGGCAGCUCGCGGAACAACUGGCCCUCGGCCUGCGGCGUCACCCGCCUGCUGGGCCGGCGAGUGGCAGCCCAGUGGCUGGAGGCGCACCCCUCCGCGCGCGUCGUGGGCGCCACGCUCGGCGAGAGCUCCCACGCCGCGCUGCGCGAGCUGGGCGUGGAGCCCACCACCGCGGAGGCUCUGAGGUCCAGGAGGCCGCGUCCCGCGUUCCCGCGCGUGCUCUUCGCCGCGCCGCCGCGCCGCGGCCAGGGCGUGGACCCUGGGGCCUACGCCGUCGCAGUGGCAGAGGCGGCCGAGUACGUGGCGGUGCCGCCCUUAGGCGCGGCACCAGUCCGCCGGCGAGAGCUCGGCCGGCAGGACUCUGGUGGCGCCGUGCGUGAGGACUCGCCUGUGUCGGCAGCGCCUGCUAGCCAGGUGCUCCUGGGGGCGGAGCGCUGCGCCUUGGACGCCGGGGGCUCCGUGCUCCGGCUGGCAGGCCUGUACGACACAGACCGGGGGCCGCACACCUACUGGCUGAAGGUCGGAAAGGUGUCCGCCAACCCAGAGGGCUUGAUCAACAUGCUGCACUACGACGACGCUGCCGCGGCGGCGGUGGCCGCGCUCGAGCGGGGCCUGCGGGGGGAGGUCCUCAUCGUGAGCGACGGCUCGCCGCUCACGCGCGCGGAGAUCUGCCGCGCGGCCGUCGGCGCGCGGCCCUUCCGGGACGAGGCCGUCAUGCCCGCGUUCGAGGCAUCCGAGACCGGAUCCCCACCGCCCAUGGGCGGCAAGGGCAAUGGCAAGGUGCUGGACGCAAGCCGGGCGCGCGAGGUGCUGCGGUGGUCCCCGAGGCACGCGUCGUUCGCGUCGUACAUGGCCGCGGUGUGA